UUAUUUAGUUAUACUAGUUCUAUCGUUUGACUGCUUCUUUGCUUAAAAAAUUCUUCGAUAAGCCCCAACAUUCAAAUUUAACGAUUGAUUUUUAGGGAGGCGAACGGAAUUUCAUGGAAUCGCCCUACUUCAAUUCGGAGCCUCAAGAAAUAUAAGCAGAUAAACGGAAGUUCUGCGACAUUUAAAUAGGAUUACAAUAAAUAUACAUAACUAAGUAAAUCGCCGUCAGGAAUCCCGCGCUUUUUUACUGUUCCGGAGAAAACCAAACACAAUCCGAAAGACUAGCAUUGUCUAGUAAUUACGCAAAAAUUCCAUCACCCACACACUCACACAGACGCACGAGCUGCAGAAAGAAACGGAAAGGGAAGUAGAAAUCAUAUAGACAGAAAAAGUGCGAAAACAUGACUUCCGAUAUCGCCAUGCAAUUGAUUGCCAUUUUGGAGAAGACGGUGUCGCCAGACAAAAAUGAGUUGCUAUCGGCGAAGAACUUCCUGGAGCAGGCGGCGGCCAGCAAUCUGCCAGAAUUUCUCAAGGCGCUGUCAGAGAUCUUAGUGAACACGACCAACAGCGCGGUGGCGCGAAUGGCAGCCGGUCUUCAGCUGAAGAACCACCUGACCAGCAAGGACGAGAAGAUCAGCCAACAGUACCAGGAGCGCUGGCAUCAGUUUCCCAGCGAAAUCCGCGAGUUGAUCAAGAAUAACAUCCUGGCUGCUUUGGGUACCGAGAACACGAGACCGUCCUGCGCCGCCCAGUGCGUGGCCUAUGUCGCCGUGAUCGAACUGUCCAUAAACCGCUGGCCCAUGCUGAUCCAGACACUGGUGAACAAGGUGGUCAGCGAAGGAUCCAGCGAGAUGCAUCGCGAGUCCGCGCUGGAGGCGAUUGGCUACAUCUGUCAGGACAUUCGUUUCGGCGUCCUGGAGAACCAGUCCAACGAUGUGCUCACUGCUAUUAUUCACGGCAUGAGAAAGGUGGAACCGAGCAAUCAUGUACGCUUGGCGGCCACCACGGCCCUUCACAACUCGCUGGAGUUUACCAAAUCAAACUUUGAAAAGGACAUGGAGCGCAACUUCAUCAUGGAGGUGGUGUGCGAAGCCACUCAGUGUCAGGAUUCGCAAAUCUGCGUCGCCGCUCUGCAGUGUCUGGUGAAGGUUAUGACCCUUUACUACCAGUUCAUGGAGCCCUACAUGGCACAGGCUCUUUUUCCUAUUACCUUGGCAGCCAUGAAGUCAGAGAACGAUGCUGUAGCGCUGCAAGGCAUAGAGUUCUGGACGAACGUCUGCGAUGAGGAGGUAGAUCUGGCUAUCGAAAGCCAGGAGGCCACCGAUCAAGGCCGCGCUCCGCAGCGAGUAUCCAAGCACUAUGCUCGCGGUGCUCUGCAGUUCCUGACGCCCGUUCUCGUGGAGAAACUAACCAAGCAAGACGAGUGCGAUGACGAGGACACCUGGAGCCCGGCGAAGGCCUCCUCCGUUUGCCUCAUGGUGCUGGCCACCUGUUGCGAGGAUGAGAUUGUGCCACAUGUGCUUCCCUUCAUCAAGGAAAACAUAGAGUCACCUAAUUGGCGAUUCCGCGACGCAGCGGUGAUGACUUUCGGCUCCGUGUUGAAUGGAUUGGAGACCAAUACUUUAAAGCCGCUCGUGGAGCAGGCCAUGCCCACGCUUAUUCGACUGAUGUACGACUCCAGUGUUAUCGUGCGCGAUACCACCGCCUGGACCUUCGGACGCAUUUGCGAUAUAAUUCCCGAGGCGGCUAUCAACAAGACAUAUCUUCAAACUCUUCUGGAGUGCUUCGUGAAGAGCUUAAAGUCGGAGCCCCGUGUAGCGGCCAACGUGUGCUGGGCCUUCAUUGGCCUUUCCGAUGCCGCUUGCGAGGCAGCGGUCACCACCGAGGGAGAGACUCCGGAGACUUACGCCUUGUCCCCGUACUUUGAGUACAUCAUCACCCAGCUGCUGGAAACCACUGAUCGAUCGGAUGGAGCUCAAGCCAACUUGCGAGGCGCUGCUUAUGAAGCACUGAUGGAUAUGAUCAAAAACUCGCCCCUGGAUUGCUAUUUGGUGGUACAGCGCACCACGCUGGUGAUUUUGGAGCGCUUAAACCAAGUGAUGCAGAUGGAAACCCAGAUAAACAAUCACAGCGAUCGUCACCAGUUCAACGACCUACAAUCGCUUCUUUGCGCCACUCUGCAAAGCGUUUUGAGGAAGGUCCAUGAACAGGAUGCUCCUCAAAUUUCCGAUGCUAUCAUGACCGCUCUGCUGACCAUGUUUAACUCAAGUGCUGGAAAGUCGGGUGGAGUGCAGGAGGAUGCCUUCCUGGCCGUUUCGACCCUGGUUGAACUUUUGGGAGCACAGUUCGCCAAGUACAUGCCGGCUUUUAAGGACUUCCUCGUCAUGGGUCUGAAGAAUCAUCAGGAGUACCAGGUCUGCUGCGCAUCUGUUGGUCUCACCGGCGACAUUUUCCGCGCCCUUAAGGACCUAAUGGUGCCCUACGCCAACGAGAUUAUGACCGUAUUGAUAAACAAUCUAGCGGAACCGACUUUGCAUAGAAGCGUCAAGCCCCAGAUCCUGUCGGCUUUCGGGGAUAUUGGGUUGAGCAUUGGCAGCCACUUCCUGACAUAUUUGAGCAUGGUCCUAGAUAUGUUGCGCGCUGCGUCCAAUCUGCAGACGGACGCCAACAACUUUGAUAUGAACGAAUACAUAAACGAGCUGCGUGAAAGCGUUCUUGAAGCCUACACCGGCAUCAUUCAGGGUCUUAAGGGCGUGGACCAGACUGCUCAUCCUGACGUUAUGCACAUGGAGCCUCACCUGAUGCACAUUAUUUCGUUCAUUAAGCGCAUCGCUCAGGAGGGCGACGUGUCCGACUCGAUGUUGGCCAGUGCCGCUGGCUUCAUUGGCGAUCUUUGCACUUCGUUCGGUCCGCGGCUGUACCCGCUGCUGGACGAUGCCAUCAUUACACAAUUCCUGGCCGAGGGCAAGCGCUCCAAGGCGCAGCGAACCAAGAUGCUGUGCACCUGGGCCGUCAAGGAGAUCAAAAAAAUCAAUACCCAGGUCAUCACGCAGUAGGCCACCUGCUAGAGGUUAAUGUUUCUCUGCUUCCCACCAGACCCUCAAGAUUGUAUGUUAUGCAGUCAAACUGUCCAGUCCGAAUUCUCUGAUAAAAAGAUUCUAUCUGCUAAGUUUGUUUGUCCGAUAUAUUGUUGCUGUGCAACUUCUAAAUGCUAAGACCAACUGUUUAUAAAACUCCCCCCUAGUUUUAAGCUCCAUUACGAACCACUGUUUCGACUCAAUAUUUUAAUUAAGGUCUGUUAAUAUUCGUGUGAGUUAUUUAUCUCUUACUUAUUGUCCUCGCUCGGUAAUGCAAAUCCAAAAACGAACUACCCAUUGACUAAAGCACUUCGCAAUUGAUAGUUACUGCUGUACGGACUUUGACAUUUUUACAAACCGGCUUUAAUGGCAGUUUAGUUUUGGGUAGGCUACGGCAACCAGCGCUUUAGUAACCCGAUUUUAAGCAUUACCAAAAAGGCAAACGAAGCUGUUAUUCAAAUUAUGUAAAAUUUAAAAUUACUUAUAAAAAUCGGUAGAAAAUAGUUGCUUUAACAAGAAAAAAUACAUUGAAUGCAUUGCUGCCCCCUUUGGAAACAUUAACUUGUAGCGGAUUUAAGAGCCACGCUUUAGGAUCUAAGAACUCAUGUAUCUAUCCUACUACCCUCACUAGCCCAACAAAAAAAUAUAUAAAUUAAGAAUGAA